AUGUCUGAAACAGCCGAGUUCCUCCGCACGAAGGCAGAGCGCAGCGAGGCCUCAGUUCUGGAGCUGAGUGUGCACGAUGCACUCGAUCUCUGCUGCCGCAUCGACCCGAUGGGUGUGAUGCUCUUCGGCAGUCUGGGACUCGCUGUCACCGGGUUCCUGGUUUUCGCUGCAAUUAGCUCGGCCACCCAGAACUUGCUGCUGAUCUCGACCCUCGUCCUCGGCCUGGCAUAUGGCACCAUGGUCGGCUUGACGGGCUCACACAUGUACAUUUUCGUCGCGGACCUCUUCCCGACUUCCUUGCGGGCCUUAGGAUUCGGUCUCAGCUUCAACCUGGCCUUUGCAAUCCUUGGAGGCACUGCAUCACUGGUGGACGCUGCAUUGGCGGACGCACACUUCACCUUCGGGGUUGGGCUCUACUGGUCCAUUCUGGGUCUCGGCAGCGUUCUGGCUUUGUCAAUAGGCAGAUGUUUGCGCUCGCAUGGGCGAUUGCCAAGCCAACUUCUCGUGAACAAGGACAGCGAUUCGCCGGGAAGAAAGCUUGAUUCCUCGGAAGACGAGGGAUCCCUGACAUCGAUCGGGUCUUCAAAACAUGAAGGGCCGUUCUCCUGGGAGACUUCUGUCAACGACUCAGAGACAUCGGAGGUGUGA